AUGUCCGACCGACUACUUCAAGGACUACAUCAAAAUUUAUCAGUUCCAACCAUAGACUACUCAAAUUUGUGGAAUGCACCCGAACACAUUAACCCAUGUGAGCACGAUAAUGUGGUUUUGGAAAACUUUACUCGCCAUUUUUUAUUGAUUGCCAUAAUCGAUGGAGUAACAGCAAGGAAUGCUCUUCUAGAGAAGAUUUUCACAUUAACAUACCGCAAUCGUAUGGCUAAGGUGAUAUUUUUUUUGGCUGAAAAUGCAAAAAUGACCACGACUGCUGUACGAGGACUUAUCCGUAAAUGCUCCGACUCGUUUGUUGUAGAUGUCGUGUUUUUUCAAAACCAAGAUCAACCCUUGAUGUUCACUUAUCAUCCCUUCAAUAACCUUCAAAUUAUCAAAUUAGAAAAUGUUUCCGAUUUUUUCGCGAAUCGUUUGAUGAACCUCAAUAAGCACCCCCUCAAACUUAUCAAGUUCAAUUCACCACCGAAAACAAUACUGCCCCGUGAUGGGGAACAAGUUCUGGGAUAUUUUGGACAUUUGAUUACAUCCUACCUCCAAAAGCGCAAUGCAACUGUUGAAAUUAUACCUAGAGUAGAAGAAGUAUCUAUAUAUAAGGAGGUUAUCGAUUACUUUGCAUCGAGGGAACUAGAUAUGACGUUUGGAGCUAUGCCAAUGUUUUAUCGUAACAUUGGAGAAAUGUCGUAUCCAGUUAUAUUCGAGAAGUACUGCGUGAUGGUUCCAGCUCCUAAAGUUGUCCCAGUUUAUCGAAAUUUCCUACAACCAUUUGAAGAUAACGUCUGGAUUGCGGUUAUUUGUGGAGCAGCUUAUAUGACUGUUGUGACCUAUAUCGUCAGUGCUGUCGUCGACGGUAGAAAAGAUAUAUCUGCGGCACUUACCACUUCCAUUUGUUUUAUCAUCGCUAGGGGCGAAAUUGGCAUUUAUUCUAAUUUAAACCGCAGACUCCUCAUCAUAUAUCUACUCUUUUUCAUAUUGGGAUUCAUCCUGUCAAACAUGUACUGCGCUUUCCUCACGACAUUUUUAACCGCUCCUUCGUAUGAACGCGAACUUAAAACGCUCGACGACAUAGCUGCCGCGGGUUUGAAGAUUGUAGCAGAAUGCGCAGAAGUAAGUUACCUAUUAAGGCAUGAUAUCUAUAAGAAAUAUCACCCGCUACUAAUCGGACUAAUGCCCAUAGACAUUGUGAAAGUGAAAAGAAGUCUGAACAAUACAAAUCCCGCUUUCAAUCCCAUUGACAACUUCGAAUAUUUGGACGACAUCCAAAAAUAUCAAAACGAUAUUAAAUUCAAAAUCACAGAUAUGUGCCCUUACGACGUGUAUUAUGGUGUUGCUUUUAAAGAUGAAUCAAUCUUAGUUGAGGACUUCAACAGUCACAUUUUUCUAGCGCAACAAUCAGGACUGUUGGACUAUUGGAAAACAAAUGCAUUCUUUGAAGCGGUACGAUCAGGAUAUCUACAUCUGAAAAGAGGAAAUAAGGAAUUCGGACCAACACAACUAACACUGAUACAUUUGCAAAUUUCUUUUUACGUAGUACUUUCUGGUUGGGCUAUUUCAAUUUCAGCUUUCUUUGCUGAACAUUUAUAUAAUUCUCUUAUUAAGUUCAAGCAAAACUAG